AAAGGCAGCGUGUGUCAAAGCGUUUGUGUUGUGGUGAAGUCACGUUUUCUCCCGAGGAAACAAGCAAAAAUACGGCUCAAAUUCCUCCUCUCCUCGCGGCUCUCUGCGAGAGGCGCAGUCUGAGGCUUUGCCGAACAGGCGCACCUGCCUCAUCGCAAGAAACGCCGUUGCCACCGGAAAGGGACGUCAACAGGGACUGAGAGGCCUGCGACUGGAGACAAGCAGCGGCACGCCGAGGAGACGCGACAGACAAAGGAAGUCUCUCAAAACGACCUCUGCUCGCGAGGCCGAUCCGCGCAUGGGCCGCGAUGUGAGACUCAGCGCUCGCGGAAAAACGAAAAUGUUGGCGCAUGCGCUCGACGCGCGUCCCGACGUCUCAAAAACGCGUCUUUUCGGGAGCUCGCGUCGGGUGUAGGUACACCUGAGGACGCAGGCGCGCGGCAGGGCGGGAGACGGAGAGACUCCGGAAGAAGAGAAGGCGGAGAAGGAAUGGAUGCAGGGAAAGAGUCAAAUAAGAAAGCAAGCGUUUUCUCGGGCAGAGUCGAAGGAGAGACAAAAGAGGAGCGGAGGCGCCUCGGAGCGCGUCCGCGCGUCGAAGCGAGGUCUUCUGCUCCCCCACAAGACGGGAGCCAAGCCCCAAGAGGAAAAUCGUGUUUUCUGUCCUGCUUCUCCUCUGUAGUUCUCCCUGGAGUCGCGUCUCUUCUCUCUCUAUUGCGCAUCUGUUCCUUCUCUCCGUUCAUCUUUUCCUUCUCUCCGUUCAUCUUUUCUCGGGAUCCGCCAGCUGUUUUAACGCGACCUUCUCUGUGCAGAACUCGCUGUGUUGCUGCUGGAACGAUGGCGACGCCUCUGCUUUUGCGGCGCCACAUUGGCAGUCUCCGUGGGUUCUUCGCUUUUCUGUUGCUCCUUUCGCGUCCCCUCUCUGCCCCAGUUUCCGAUGCCUUUUCUCCCCUUGAUCCAUCGCCCCGGCUCUUCUCCGCUGUCGCAGCGUCUUCUCCCGACCUCGAACAGUCGUGGCUGGGAUCUGCCGCUUCUUCUGACUCUCUUUCUUCGUUUCUGUCUUCACUGUCGUCCUUUUUCUAUCCUUCCUUCUCUUCCUCUCAGUCUCCCCUUCUGUCCACCACUGCGACAUCUUCCCCUGCGUCCCCCCCCUGCGCCUUUUCCUCCUGUCCUCCACAGCCUCUCUCGUCAGCCUCGGACACCGGCGAUACCGGCGCGAAUAUGUCUGUGCCUUGGUCGCUCUUCGCUUCAUGUCCUCGCUUGAUGUCCCCUGUGAAUGCCUCCGACUUCUCUUCUUUGUUUUCGUCGCAUUUGCCUGAAACACGCGAGCCCCCGACGCCUCCACAGGCUUCGGCCUCUGCUGCUUCUCCAGAUCACUCGGUUGUCGACCGAAUCACAGCUUUUUUCUCGCCUCGUGAGCGCGUCUCUUUUCCGCUCCACGGUGUCGCCAGCUGGUCCUUUUUCAGUCUCUUCGCGCUUCUACGCAACUUGCUUGCCCUCGCAGCUUCCACCAUUCUGCUCCUUUCCAGAGCGACGCUUGCUCUCUCUCUUCCUCUGCUCUCUCUCCUCGGAUCUCUCCCUCACUGCUUCGUCUCUCUGUUCUCCUCGCUUUCCCUCGGCGCCAUCGUGACGCUCGCCGCAACUGCAGGCUUCCUCACUUGGUGUUGCCUGGAUCUGACCAACAUGUCGAGAGUCAAUCUCUACUUUUCCGGAGCCUUCAUGGGCGCCACACUGCAGCAGUGCGAGUUUGCUCGGCGCUCCUAUCGUCCGCCUUUCUACGUUUUCUCCACUCUCCUACAACAUUUCGUUCUCUAUCUAAGCGUCUUGCCGCGAGCGCGACACCCGGCGGCUGCGUCCGACGCGCCUGAGAAUCCGAAAGCCUCGAAGAGCGCCUUCUCUUUGCUUGCACUGCUGCGGCUUCUUGCCGGUGUCUGCACAGCUCUCCGCCAGCUUCUUUCGCCUGCCGGUCGGUCUCGCGUAUCACUGUUCUUUCAGUCUCCACAUCUCCCCAAAGACACCGAGGCAUCUCUUGCAUCUUCCUUCUCGUCCUCUCCGCCUUUUGCUUCCUCUUCGCCUUUUGCUUCCUCUCCACCGUUCUCGCGCGUUUCUCGUUUGUUGUCGGCGUCUCCGCUUCUUCGCAGCUGGGUCUUUUCGUCUUUUUUCCGGAGGGUCUCUGCGCGCCUGGCUGCUCUCUGCAUGCGCCUGCAUCUGUUUGUCAACCUCCCCCAGCGCCCCGCCUUGACUGCGCACCGACAGCUGCUGCAGCAUCCCGGCUCUGGUGCAGUGUCUUCAGUCGACUGGCUUUUUCUGCCGAGUUUCUCCAUGGCGGCGCAUGCCAGAAGGGUGGCUCGCCAGGAGAGGCGGCUGCACGCAGCGACUGCCCCCAGCCUGCGCCUGUCCUCUCGAGGACGCAGCAGCCGCGACAGCGCGGAGCGUUCGUUUGCAGAAGACGGGCAGAGUUUCGGCGCGAGAGGCAAAGCAGCAGAGAGGGUCGGAGGCCGCGCAUGUGAAGCGCGAGAGGCGGCGCAUGGCCCGGAGAGAUACGAGGCGGUCUCCCACAGUUCGGAGAGCCGCGCAGAGACGCUGUACUCGCAGCCGCGCGCGCAGAUGCCGUCUGGAGACAAAUCGAGGCUGGUUCCGCUGCAACAAGCAGGGAAGGAGGAGCCUGCCUCGUCGCUGCAUGCAGCGCUUGGACGAGAAGGCCUGGCGCGCGGGGGCAGUGAGGGUGGGGCCGAGCGACGCGAAGAAAAGGGGAGAAACGACUACAGAGACGAUCCGCACAGUCCGCAUCUGUUCUUCCGAGGCCUCAUCUUUGUUGUGGGAGACGAGUUCCUGACAGGCCUCGGGGGCGCGCAGACAAGCUGGCGUCUUUCGACGCAGGCGAAGCAAGCCGGAACAGACUCGAGUGAAAGAGAGAGUGAAAGAGAGAGAGAAGGAGAGAGAGAAGGAGGACCCGAACGAGAGAGGGGCAUAGAUCGGACAGGUGAGCGAGGAGACGAGCGCGAAAGAGCCGGAGAGAAGGGAUGCUGGAGCAGACAGACGGAGGAGGCUUCUCGUCUCCGAGGAAAAAGUGAGAGAGAGGAGAAGGAGAAGGACCUGUUUCUUAACGCGCCUUGCUCUGUACAGACGGCCUCGAUCGUCGACGCAGCGGCGCGCGCGGGAUUCAUCUGCUGUGUCGUUCGCCUCAGCUCGCAUCGCGCGGGCACUGCGAAGGCCCUCCAGGCCUUUCUGGGCAACCAGGAAAGGCGAAGAAGAGACGCAAAGGAAAGGAGACAGCACCGCGGAUGCUACAGCCGAAACGAGAAGAGUGACACCCGCGAGCGAAGAAACGGUUGUGUCGACCUUGGAAGCGCGGCGACCAGCGGCGGCGACUUGAGUUGCGCAGCCAAGGCGUUUCCGCCAAGCGAAGAAGAACGAGGAGAAGCCGACGAGCUGCUUUUACCUCCUUUGUCAAUGUGUGGCGCGGGCGCGUUAGUCGAGGAUCCAGUUGAAGAGUUGCGGCUCGUCAUCUCUUACGUCCAUUCCCUCUGUCCUUCGUUGCCGAUGGCGGCCAUCGGACUGUCUCUCGGCGGCAACACUCUGUUGCGCCUCCUGUCUCCGUUGUCUGCGCCGGAGCCUCCGUUUUCGCCUCCCGGCGCCCUCGCUCAGCAGGCCGCUGCCGCGACUUCAGCAUCUGUCUCCACGCGCCCCAGCGGGUAUCUGACACUCGGACGACCGCAGGCUCCAGUCCAGGGAGUGUAUCUCCAGCCAACGCUCCUCCCACCCGCCUGCUGUUCCUGCUGCGACGGCGACGCGCCUUUCCCUUGCGCGACGACGCUCGCGCGCGUGCAGCGGGCGGCGGCGAGGCGCGCCAGGGCCCCGUGCGCUCAGGCGGAGACGGAGCGGAGGCGUAGGCCUCUGGACACAGGCGACGGAGCCGGAGGACCGCAUGUCUCGACGCAGGAGACUCGCGGCCUCAGGGAGACUCCACCGAACCCAAAGAACCGGGAAGGCAAGCAAAAAGAAGACGAAAAAGGAUGUGUGGCGUCGGCGAGGGGCGGCCUUGGUCCAGGCGCGUUUGGGGGCUCCAAGGAGACGCAUGCAGGUGCUUUGUUAUCCAGCUUCGAAGCGCCGACCGCGACUCGGUCCCGGUCUUUAUCUGCGGAGUUAGGGUGUCCUGAGGCGCCUCGGUGCGUGCAAGGGAAUGCACGUGAUGAGCGCGAAGAUGCCGUGAAGACGCAGAGACGCUUGGCGGAAGAGGUCUCUUUGGACGCUUGCGAGCCGAAGCCGGGAGAGGGAGAACAGCCGGAGUCCUUCGUCUCCUUUGUCGCGGGAGGCGGUCAGGCGGAACUUCCAACCGCUGCGGGAGAACCAGAUGAUGAUGCGCUGCAGGGCGAUCACGGGCCAUGUCACGGUGGUGUGUCUCUAAGCGACGACGCAGACGCCUCUGGGGAACCUACAGGCCGGCCGCUCCGAGGGCGAGGAGUCUCGAAUGCGAUCGGAGGUUGUUUUCGUCGGGAAAGAUGGCCUCCUCUCGAAGGGGAUUCAACCACAGGUUCAGGCGAAAAAGCUCCCUUGAGAGAAGGACGAAGUGCGACUGGUGCGUCUUUGGCCUCAGAGCCGCAGCCAGGCUCCGGACCUCGCCCUCCGUCACCACUCGCCGAAACAUCUGCCCAAACGCGAGAUGAGUUCUUCAAGAGCAGAAGCGACAAGGUCGUGGAGUCGGAGGAUCGCGCUGGGAGGCGAACCAAGCGAGACGAGCGACGCGGUGUCGGCGCAGCACCGUGUAUGCGAGGGACGGCGGGGCUCCCGUUUCCGCGGGUCUUGCCGUCGAGCGCUGCGCUCGUCUUGCCGGCGGCGCCUGUCUCUCCGGCCCGGCGGAGACUCGAGACCGACGGGAGAGGCGGAAACGGGAGAGAAGCGAGGGAGGACAGGGCGAAAGCUGGAGCCGAAGUCCGCCGUGGUGCUUCCGCGACCUCUCUGUCUAUAUCGGCGACGGGCGCUGCGGCGCUCAGCUAUCUGGGGGGUUUGUGGAGCUUCGCCUCCUCCGGCCGGACUGUGCAGAGGCCCGAGCAGCGACCGGAUGUCUCCUCGGCCUCGAUGUCCAGGACGUCCCUCUGGUCGGAGAUAGGAGCCGAAGAGGCUGGCGGCGCCGGUCGCGAGCCUGCGGAGGCCGCUUCGUCCAGUUCCGCCUUGGGGACUGUCUUCCCGCCUCCGGGCUCCGGACACAGACACCCUGGGCGGACCGCCUCCGCGCAGGCCCCGCUGUCUCUGGAUGUGCAUGCAGGCGAGGUUCGCGGCGACUCGGGGCGAGGUGUCUCAGUCCCCGUCGCCUCGAUCCUCAGUGCCGUCGUCUGUGUGGGGCCUUUCCUCGAAAUGCACAGAUGCAACGAGCGACGGAAUGCUUCUUUCGCGGGGCUCUUCGACUGGCUAUCGCUGACCGGUCUCGCGACGGACGGCAUCGUCUCCUGGCUGCACGGCCUUGUAACGUUUCUGUCCAGCUUCUUCGAACGGGGUGCCACGGAGGGAUCCCCAAGCCCGGCGACUUCGAGGAAGCGCGGAGAAGCGAGUGGCGAAGGUCCCGACGAUGACGUUCUCUACGCGGAUCCAGAGGCUUUGUUUUCUUUCCCCGUAUCUGGGUCUUCUCUCCCUCCUCCAAAUAUCACUGGCGAGACCAAGGCAACGUUUGCGAGUUCCUCCCAGAGCGUCGGCAACGCGUCUACUUCUGCCCGUGGGCGGGUACAGGAACAAGAAGGAGACACGCUCUCCCGUCGCUCGGUCGGAGAUGCCCCCCGAACGCGCAGUCUCAUGGCCCUUCCACCAUCUCUCCCCGCGCACUUCUGCUGUCCCUGCGCCCUCCAGCGGUGGCUCGCCGCCUACGCCGAGGCGCUCUUCUUCGAGGGCGCCCCCUGGGGCUGGGGCCCUGGUGAGGUGCGCCCCGCGCGAGCGUCGGGCCCCAAGCGUGGAGACAGAGGAGACAGCGGGAGCGCGCGCCAGCCGCUCUUGGCGUGCCAGAGUAGCUUCGAGGUCGAUUGCUGGCUGGCGGAAAAUGCGCUGCGUCUCGACAGAGUCGAGCUGCUUUCACCCUACACGCGGGCCCCCGGCUGCGGCCGGACGAGGCGGCGGCCGGCGCGCUCGUGCCCCCGACCCCGCGCCGGCGCGCUCCGGAGCCCAACUAGCUGUGCGGAGGCGGAGCACGUGGGGGAGGCAGAGGGAGCGCGGCGCGGGCCGCGAGACACGGCGGCGGACUCGGAGAGCGAGGGCGAAGCAGCUGAGAAAUGGUGGGAAGGCCGCGAAGUCCACAGAAAACAAGGCGUCUACUGGAGGUUGUCUAGGAGGUAUCCAGGGGGCGUCUCCGAAUUCUACGAGGACUGGUCCGUCGGCGGGGCGAGGCUGGACAACGUCCCGGUCCCCACUCUAAUUUUCAUGUCGAUGGACGACCCCAUCAGCGACUUUGGCGCCGUUGACUUGUUCGCCUGUUGCCGAAAUGCCAACGUCGCGUUUGCAAUCACGCAGACGGGUUCGCACUGCACGCACCUAGCAGGUUCAAGACCACGCGUUUGGUUCGCUCGGGCAGCUGUCGAGUUUCUAACGAAGGCGCUGACGAGUUGCACUUGGCCGCUGCCUUCCGCGCGGCAUGGCUCUCAGAGCGAGGCCACAGGGUAGAGCGCAGGGACUGCAUGCAGCUUGAAAGCUGGCAGCGAGUCUGCCUCGAAAUCUCCGCGGCGUCGCAAAUGGUGACACGUGUGUUCCGUGACGUGGAACAUCACAUUGGCACACCUUGUAUACAGCCACUGGUUUUUCAACUAAAAACGUUGAAUCUCACCAUUCUUGGUGCAUUCAGCAUUUCAACCCUCCGAGGCUGUGCAUGCAAAGGAAGGCGCAAGCCAGAGAGGUUUUUCAUCGCUCAGACCUAUUCUGUGGUGCCUGAUGUCGGCUAAGGCUGACGCCGAUGUUUCUCGGUCGUUUUAGGGAAAGACUCUUAAAAAGCUUGUGUGCAUGUUCUCUGCUUGUGGUUAUUUAGAGAUCGCGAACGACGGCUUUCGCGCUCGCGUGUAGAACGAGCUGUUAUUGUAAAAAAAGUGUAAUUAGCUGACUGCUGUGUUUUGGGUUUGUAACCAGAGAUACUAGAUACUGCGAAACGCAACGAUCAGAGGCUAGCUCGUGACGUUCUUUGAUGUAAAGCAAUCAUGGCG